UCCCCCAGGCCGCAGUGAAAAGGACACGGGCACAUCCACAAACACCGCGGCACGAUUUCCUUUUGGCAAAUAUGGGACGCCACUUUGGAGAUUUGGCAAAGAUCAGACAUGUGAUCACCUACACCAUAUCCCCCUUUGAGCAGAAGGCUUUCCCCAACUACUUUUCCAAAGGAAUCCCCAAUGUCUGGAGGAGGGUCACGUCGUCCUUUUUCAAAGUUGCCCCCCCCAUGAUCUUGUGCUACACCUGCUACACAUGGGGCAACACAGUCCAUGAACAAGGCAAGAGGAAGAAUCUCGCCGACUAUGAAAAAGAUGAAUAAGUCCAGUCCCUGUUAAAUCCUCUUCUGUAUGUGUCAGUAAUAAAGAUUAUUAUUUAUA